UAGAGUUUGAUUAAACUAAACAUUACUGGUUUUCUUAUAGUAGCUAAUUAACAAUACUUUAAAAUAAGCAAAUACUUACUAAGAAGCUUAAAAUAAUAUAAGAAUAACAUGAGACUCUAUCGUUUAUAAUUUUUUACUUUAUCGGAUACAAUGGCUAUAAUUUUGAAAUAUCUAGUGGCCGGUUUGGUUCGUUUUUGGUUAAUACACACAGACUAUUGGCAAACAAUAUCUAAUAGAGUGGAGAUUGCAACGCCUCUAAACUCAUGGAAGCGUUUAAUUGAAGGUGUAUAUUUAUUUGACCACGGCAUAAAUCCAUACGAAGGAGACUCCUUUCAUGAGUCUCCAAUAAUGCUGUUUGUUUUUCACAUUUUAUUGAAAAAAGUUCCCUACUUGUUACCGGUAAUUUUUACAUUUUUGGAUAUCUUUACUGCUCAUAUGUUAUACAAAACGUCAAAGGCAAUUAUAAGAAUCUUUAAAGAUAGUCAAGAGGCAAAUAAAGAUGAUGUAUCAGAGGAAUCUAAAACAAUGCUUCUAAGUGAAUCACAAUUGAGUGAAGUUCCAGGACAUGUCUUAGCGCUGUACUUGUUUAAUCCUUAUUCAGUCCUCAAUUGUGUGGGGAUGACGACAACUGUUAUUCAGAAUUUGACACUGGCUUUAUCACUGUGGGGAGCAACAAAUGGACAAAGAAUCCUGGCUUGUGCUUUCAUAGCUCUUGCAACUCAUCAAGCCCUUUACCCCAUUCUACUCAUUGUUCCUAUAUCAAUACUACUUGCUAAUGUCAACAAAGGUUGUAACAAAUGCUCGUAUAUUAGAACAUUAUUAGUAUUUGUAUUAUGUUGGGGUUUCUUAAUAUUCAUAUCUGCAUUUAUUAUGGAUGGUUCAUAUAACUAUGUAUAUAAUACCUAUGGAUUCAUAUUAAGUGUUCCUGAUCUCAAGCCAAAUAUUGGUCUGUUUUGGUACUUCUUUACAGAAAUGUUUGAGCACUUUAGACUACUAUUUGUGUGUGCAUUUCAAAUUAAUGCACUAGCUCUCUAUGUGGUGCCAUUGACCCUUAGGUUCCACAAGGAGCCUGUAUUACUAGCCACAGUCCUAAUAGCUCUGUCAACAAUAUUCAGAUCAUACCCAUGUGUGGGUGAUGUCGGCUUUUACUUGGCUUUAUUACCAUUAUGGAAGCAUCUGUUCUCAUUUAUGCAACAAAAGUUUAUUGUUGGAUGCGCCUUUAUCAUCACAUCGGCUCUUGGACCAACUGUCUGGCACCUCUGGAUCUACUCUGGUUCAGCAAAUGCAAACUUCUUCUUUGGAGUAACCCUUUCUUUUGCUACUGCACAAAUAUUUUUGAUCACAGACCUACUAUUUGCAUAUAUUAAAAGGGAAUUCACGCUCAAACACGGUUCAUCGAGGCAAAUUGACGGGAAACCAGCCAAAUUAGUAUUACGAUAAUCUAUAUGAUUAUAUAAAAAUUAAGAUAAUAUGGCAUUUAGGAUCACAGAACAAAUGUAAUUAUUAAGGAUGAAUUAAUUAUAGAGAAGGCCAUUCCAGCAGUUAAAGAGAUUAGUUCUUGUACUAAAGAUAUUUAUUUAAGAUAAUAUUAAUGAUGUAUAAAUGUAAAAACUUAACAUGUAUUAUUCAAUUCAAAAUCCAUAUUAAUCAACUGUUUUAAUAUGUGUGUUGUGAUUGCAAUUUGUUGCUUAGAAGAAAAUUUAAAUGUAAUUGUUUUUAUAAUUUUUUGAUUAUUUCUAAAAUUGGUCUCCGCUUAAAAGUUUACUUUUAAUGCAAAAUUAUGAUUGUGAUUAUAAUUUAGUACUGCGUAAACUUAAAGUGUAACUGGCAAUCUUAAUAACAUUAUCAGCAUCAUUUUCCGCUGAAAUAAACACAACUUAUGUUCCAAAGUCACUUUCAACACACUUAUCUUAAUGUGUCACGAAGGAUGUGAUUUAUUUCAAAGUAUCGUCAAUAAAGAAUUGGUUAUUAAAA